AAAGAAGGUCCACUUGUUUCAGACUCAGACUUAUCAGGCUCUCUCAAAGGAGUCGCCUGAGGCCGGCACCAUGUGCCCUGAGGCGAUGCCCGGUGGGAAGAUGGAGGAAGUAUCGCCCAAGUCAUCCCACAGGGAAGUGGAGGACUCCCCAGAGGCCGAAUCCAGCCCCGAGCUCAUCAAUGUGCCCUUCGAAAAGUUGCCCGCGUAUCCUUUCCCAGCUGACAUCCAACUAAAGUUGGAUGAUGCUUCCAUUAACGUCAUCAUGCACAAGUGUCACCAGCACCCAAAAGGCACGAAAGCCAUCGUACUGCUCCUCCCUGGGGUCCACGGCGGCGUCGGUCCGUGUCGUCAGCCAGGACAGGACUUUGACGAGCGGUGCCUCUAUGCCAGCCUCGCACAAAGGCUACACGAGAGGGAGAUCCCCGCCGAUCUGUACCGAUGCUCCUGGCCCUUUAUGCGGCCACACAUUCAGAAUGCAGUGAAGGGCGUGGUCCGCGCAUUGCACUUGGCCCUCUUCAAGGCCAGAGUGGCCGGACAUCAUCGGAGAGAGCGGAAGGUGAAGGUGAUCCUCAUCGGACACUCCCUAGGUGCCUCUGUGGCGCUGAGUUGCGCCCUCUACUUGUGCCAGCAAUUUGGAAGCGACGGCCGCAAGUGUCGAGACCUUGAUUGCUUGGAGCACGCCAGUGUGCAGGUGGCAGGCCUUUGUACCUUGAACGGCGCCUGCAACGUACAGUUCCUCCAGGAUCAGUUGGCAUUGGUCAAGCACCUGGGAAGCUUACAGGCUUUGUUGGUGAGUGGCGAUGCAGAUGAGGUCGUCGACCCCGUCGCCACUGAAGCCCUCUUUCAGG